AUGUCUACAUUUUUAGAUCUUCCAAUGCUGAACGAGUGUGAUGCAGACGGGAUUGUUGGUACCAUAAAAGCGACACUCGCUAGAUUCAAUAUACCUCUACAAAAUUUAAUGGGCAUCGGAACAGAUAAUGCUUCCGUGAUGACCGGCGUCAAUAACGGUGUAUUGAUGGCGAAAUUACGAGUUAGCUGGUCUUUUGAUAGCCUAAAAAAAGCUAUAAAGCUUAUUGAUGGUGGUUCUUCUAUGAGAAAUGCUGCUAAGGUAUUGGGGAUCCUAUUUUCAAGCCUUCAAAAGAGGAUAAAAGAAGGUUCUGCCUCAGCACCACGUCUUGGACGAUUCACUGUCUUUAGUGCUGAGACAGAAGCCGAGCUAGCAAACUUGGUGAAGAAAAUAGCAAACAUGCAUUUCAACAGUCCAAACUCCUGCAAAAAUUCUGGCUACCAAAGGACAGAAGAGAGUGGAUCUAUAACCAGUUGGGAGAGAGGAAAAAACCUCACUUUGUUGUGUGCUAUGAACGCAGCAAGCGGUUACAUUCCACCGAUCUUUAUUUUACCUGGGUUUUGGUUGACUCCUCUGCUAGAGAAGGAUGGUCCAGCAGGAGCGCUUUACAAAUGCUCUGUCAACGGUUGGAUUAAAGAGAAUCUCUUUCUUGAAUGGUUGGUGCACUUUGUGCCAAGCCAUCUGGAGAUGAACCCAUCCUUUUAA